CCAACAACUGCAGUAUACCCACCGAACUUCUCAUCCCUAACCCGCCAUGGAAGAACCAACCUACGACCCCAGCCGCCCCCUGGCAACCACCACCAUCGCCUACCAGUAUAAGCUGGUCAACUGCCCCGGCAAGACCAUCGUAGGUCUGCUGGUCGAAUAUCCCCCCGCGGGCGCCACGCCUCCUCAUCGGCACGGCGGAGCCUCGGUCUCAGCCUACGUGAUCAAGGGCUCCGUGCUGAACAAGAUGAACGACGACCCGAUGCGGGUGAUCGAGCAGGGCGGGUCGUGGUAUGAGGCGCCCGGGUGCCAUCAUCGGAUCAGCGCCAACGCCAGCCAAACGGAGCCGGCGGCAUUCUUUGUGAACUUUGUUCUGGAUACGGAGACGCUGGAGCGGGAGGGGCCGGGGGUGCUGGUGCAGAUUGAUGAGGAGUAUCGGGAGAUUGUUGCGCAGAAGAUGAAGACUGAGGCUGCCUAGUGUACGGAGAGUACUUUAUAGUAUAGACAGCUCCACGCUAGUCCCU